AACAUGGGUGAUUAACCUUUCUGAAAAGGAAAAAAAUACACAACACUCUUCACUUGCGGAAUAUGAGCGUUUAUCCUCGGUAGCUUUUCAGUGUUGAAAUUGAGCAUGCGCGUAGCGAGAGGGUUGGUCCUCUGAAGUUUGAACAGAACAGAAACUGCUGGUUCGGGGACUGUCAGUUGCUCACUUUUUUGAGGGAAUAGGCCUAGUUUGUGGCUCAUCAUGUCAAUAGUAACAGUGCAACUUGGUCAGUGUGGCAAUCAGAUUGGUUUUGAAGUGUUUGAUGCCUUAUUUAGCGACUUAAACUGUUCCCAGGUACUCUGCUCUAGGAAAGAUACUGAGGCAUAUCAAGCAUCUUGCAAAGAAAGAUUCUUCAGUGAGGAAGAAAAUGGAGUUCCAGUUGCCCGGGCUGUACUUGUUGACAUGGAACCUAAGGUUAUCAAUCAAACACUGUCAAAGGCUGCUCAGUCUGGCCGAUGGAAAUAUGGUCAGCAUGCAUGCUUCUGUCAAAAACAAGGUUCUGGAAACAACUGGGCAUAUGGUUACUCUGUUCAUGGACCCAGGCAUGAAGAAUCUAUAAUGAACAUAAUCCAGAAGGAAGUAGAGAAAUGUGACUCUUUGAGUGGUUUUUUCAUCAUAAUGAGUAUGGCUGGGGGCACAGGAUCAGGGCUAGGAGCCUUCAUUACACAGAAUUUGCAAGAUCAGUACUCAAACUCUUUGAAAAUGAAUCAGAUUAUAUGGCCUUAUGGAACUGGUGAGGUUAUCGUUCAGAACUACAACUCCAUUUUGACUCUUUCUCACUUGUACCGAUCUUCAGAUGCUCUGCUUAUUCAUGAGAAUGAUGCUGUUCAUAAGAUCUGUGCAAAAUUGAUGAAUAUCAAGCAGAUAUCUUUCAAAGAUAUAAAUCAAGUCCUUGCCCAUCAGCUGGGAAGUGUGUUCCAGCCUACUUAUUCUGCAGAAGGCUCAUUUCACUACAGAAGAAACCCACUAGGAGACUUAAUGGAGAAUCUCGUUCCCCAUCCUGAAUUCAAGAUGCUGGGUGUUCGUAACAUUCCUCAGAUGUCUGCGAAUUCCCUGGCAUACAGCACGUUUACUUGGGCUGGUCUCCUCAAGCAUUUGAGACAGAUGCUAAUUUCAAAUGCGAAAAUGGAAGAAGGUAAAGAGUAUUUUAAAAAUAUGUAGCCCACAAGCCUGGAAAAAUGCCUGUCCUGGAGCUCUUAGUAUGAACUGGCUUGAGCCAGUUGAAAUAAUAGUCCCUUCUUCUGGCCAGGGAGGCUCCUGUAGAAACUCACAAGCACAUCCCAGGAGGGCUUCUUACUCACAGUUUCAUUACCAAAAAACAUUUCAGAAGAGUGCCAUGUGUUUGUUUGUUUUUAAUUUUUAUUUUAUUUUAAUCAAAGUAGCAUAUGAACAUAGUUUUAAAAAAUCAGGUAGUCAAAACUUACUUACUUGUAUACUUAAACACAUACAUUGCACUGUAUGUGCAUUAUAUCUCAAUUUUCUAAAAAGCCAAUUGUCCAGUAUGGAUUUAUGACAAGGAAAACAGCAGUCCCUGUCCUACACUUCCCCAUUGCCUAGAUGAAACUA